UCAUCAAAACUCAUCCGGCUGCAAAUACAUAUCGAGAAACCCUACACCACCACCUCUGCAAAAUGGCGGACGAACAAAUAACCGACGAUCACAAACGCAAACUCCAUGACUUAAACGCCGAGCCCUUAUCAACCGCCAACUCCACUCCCCAACCGUCGCUCGACGGUCCAUCUCCUGCUCCCCACGAAGAUCCCGAACCUAAACGACCUCGUUUUGACAACAGUCCCGAUAAAUUAGUUACUGAAAACGGCCAACACGAGAAACUAAAUGAGGAUGAUGCUGACCAGAAUAACGAGCAAGAUGUAGUCGACAAAGAAUCUGGUGAGAAAGAGAAGCAGCGGGACGCUCCAGCAGGUGCUACUACUCAAUCUACAUCUGCUGGUCAGCCUGCUUCACGUAAAGUGGAUGUUCCGAAUAAUAAGGUUGGUGUUUUAAUUGGUAAGUCUGGAGACACGAUUCGUACAUUGGAACAAAACUCAGGGGCAAGGGUCCACAUCACACGUGAUUCCGAGGUUGAUCCGGGGUCUACUACCAGGCCAGUGGAAAUAGUUGGCUCUUUAGAAAGUAUAAAAAAGGCUGAGAAGUUGAUAAAGGAUGUUAUAGCAGAGGCUGAUGCUGGCGGUUCCCCUUUACUGGUUGCUAAGGGCUUGAGCAAUCUCCAGUCUUCUGCAGCUGUGGAACAAGUUCAAAUACAAGUUCCAAAUGAUAAGGUUAAGUUCAUUAUUGGAAAAGGAGGAGAAACGAUAAAAAACCUGCAGACUAGAUCCGGAGCUCGCAUUCAGUGUAUUCCACAACACCUUCCUGAGGGAGACCAGUCCAAAGAGAGAACAGUGAAACUCACCGGGGAUAUGAGGCAGAUCGAGAUGGCUAAAGAUUUAAUCAUUGAAACUAUCAAUCAGACUUCUUGGCCAGCAGUCCCAACAAGUGAUUAUAAGCAGCAGAACUCUAAUUCUCGCGGACCUGGCUCUCAAUGGGGACCACGAAGCCAUCCGUCACAGCUGUCUGAGUACAAUCAUCCACAGAGAGGACCAUAUCCAUCUCAAAAUUCACACUAUUUCUCACAGGGAUAUGAAAACUAUCCUCCACAGCGACCGCCUUCCAGAAACAACUUUGGCUGGGAGGGAAGGCCUCCGGCAAACAUGCAGGGGCCUCCUGAUCACGUAGGUUACGAUUAUAAUGGGCGAGGGACCCAUACACUUGCAGCAUCAGGGCCUGGGUCUAUGACGGGCCCUCCUCCUCAAGCAAAUUACAAUUAUGGACAACCCAAAGGCCCAGAUUAUGGGCAGCAACCACCACCUUAUCCACCCCAUGGUUAUGUUAAUGGCUAUGGUGAACCCAAGUAUGACAACCAGGGGCCUGUCCAGCAUCUAUAUGGAACACAUGGUCCUCCGCCUUCAUACAAUGCCCCACAACAGGCUCCCUAUGGUCAACCCUAUGGCCAGCCCAGGCCAAGUCAGCAGGGAGAUGUUCCCUAUCAAGGUCUUGUGCCACCUGUCCAAUCAUAUGGUCCAAAUGCACCAGCUCAACAACAGCCUUACCUUUAUGCAUCAAGCGGACCAAUGCAGCAAGGCUACACUCAAUAUCCUGCUGCUUCUCAACAAAUUGGUCAACCUGUUUCUGCUUAUACCCAGCCUGGUGCUCCACAACAGGCACCUGGUUACACACAAUCAGCACCAACUGCUAGUUAUGGCCUAUAUCCUGCUACACAACCUGGUUUCACAGAGCAAGCACCGACAAGUAAUGCAGGUUAUGGUAACCAAGGAGCAGCUGAUGGUGGUGCUUAUGUAGGUGGUCCAGGCACGGGGUAUGGCCCGUCUGUCGGACCACCUGUUGCUUAUUCUCAACCGGCUCCGAUACAACCAGGCUACAGUCAAUCUGCUGCCCCUCAAGCAGGUGGUUAUGGAAAUGUGCCAAUCUCUUACGGGAAAAGUGGUUCGCCCCAGCAUCAGGCACCACCAGUUUAUGCUCAGUAUGAUAAUAGUCAGAUGUAUGCUGGGCAUCGUUAAUUUGUCAUGUAUUGUUUGUUGGUUGGGUGAGACUGGAUUGAUUUCCCCAUCUUAAAUGUUCCAGUAGGAUUAUUAGGUGUAUCGAUGGAUUUUUUUAAUACAUAGUACUGUUUUGUACUAAUUAUGAUGGUUAAAUUUGCUUUUCUUUCUCUAA